UAUCACAACUGCACAGGCGCAGAGAAAUAGCCUGAAUAGUAAGGAACACUUAACAUGUUUAACCUUACUGAACAUUGUUUUCAAUUCAACUAUAUCUGAUUCGCUAAUAUCCGGCCACGUACAAGUUAACAAUUUUAAUGAAAUAUUUUUCAUCUUAACAUUGAAAUAAUAAAAGUAUCAUCAAUCGUAUAUCUGUGCUGUUUCUUCAAUUCCUACAGUAAAUCUGCAUCUACCUUCGCAUGUAUAUAUACAUACAAAUAUAUACGGAAAUUUUUAUAUAUUUAUGAUUAGUGAAAACAAUGGCAUUUAGAAUUUUAAUGGAUAGUAAAAAAAUGUGGUUCUUUAUAACAUUGUGUAUGUCUUUAAUUUAUUUAGUUAGUAGUGUUGAAUUAACCUUCGAAUUACCAGACAAUGCCAAGGAAUGUUUUUAUGAAGAAGUAGAAAAAAAUGUUUCAGCAACUCUUGAAUUUCAGGUUGUAACUGGUGGUCAGUAUGAUAUUGACGUAACACUAGAGGCUCCAAAUAAAGAAAUAAUAUAUCGUCAAGUGAAAACUCAAUUUGAUUCUCAUACAUUUACUCCUCAAGAAACAGGAGUAUAUAAAGCAUGUUUCAGUAAUGAAUUUUCUACCUUUUCUCAUAAACUUGUAUAUAUGGAUUUCCAAGUUGGAGAUGAGUUAGCUCUUCCCGGUCUUGAAGAGCAUGUAACAGUAAUGACACAGAUGGAGUCUUCAGCCCAAGAAGUACAUAAGAACUUAGUCCGGAUAGUAGAUUAUCAAACAUCUCAUCGAUUACGUGAAGCCCAAAGUCGCAAACGUGCAGAAGAUUUAAAUGAACGUGUUUUAUGGUGGUCUCUAAUGGAAACUGCUGCUAUUCUAGUUACAACUGUGGGUCAAGUAUUAGUCUUAAAAAAUUUUUUCACUGAACGUAAAUCAUUUCAACGACUUUAAUUAAUGUACAAUUUAUUAAUUUAAAAAUUAAUUUAAUUCUGAAUUAUUAAUCUUUUUUCAAUCAAUUGUGAAAUAAAAUUAAAAUAAAAUUGUUGUGACACUAUUGUGUU